AUGGUGUAUCAACAACUCCCCUUUGACGAUCUGAAGGUGAAAUCCACGAAUAAAGAAAGAGUUGCAUACUUCUAUGAUUCAGAUGUGUCGAAUUAUAGUUAUGGUGCAUCGCACCCUAUGAAACCUGCAAGGAUUCGGAUGGCGCACAGUUUGGUUAUGAAUUAUGGACUUUACAAGAAAAUGGAGAUUUACCGAGCAAAGCCCGCCACUAAACAGGAAAUGUGCCAGUUCCAUUCGGAUGAAUACAUAGAUUUUCUGUCUCGAGUAACCCCUGAUAAUCUGGAAAUGUUCCAGAAAGAGAGCGUGAAGUUCAAUGUGGGAGACGACUGCCCAGUGUUUGAUGGGCUAUACGAAUACUGUAGUAUUUCCGGUGGAGGGUCGAUGGAGGGCGCAGCGCGUCUUAACCGCGGAAAGUGCGAUGUGGCCAUCAACUAUGCAGGAGGCUUGCAUCAUGCUAAAAAAUCAGAGGCAUCCGGGUUUUGCUACCUUAACGAUAUUGUGCUGGGAAUUAUCGAACUUCUACGCUAUCACCCAAGAGUACUUUAUAUUGAUAUUGAUGUGCAUCAUGGUGAUGGUGUAGAGGAGGCUUUUUACACAACUGAUCGGGUAAUGACGUGCUCUUUCCAUAAGUACGGUGAAUUUUUCCCGGGUACCGGUGAGCUGCGGGAUACAGGCGUGGGAAAAGGGAAAUACUAUUCUGUCAAUGUUCCUUUGCGAGACGGAAUUGAUGACACAACUUACAAGUCGGUUUUUGAGCCAGUGAUUGGCAAAAUAAUGGAAUGGUAUCAGCCCUCUGCUGUGGUUCUCCAAUGUGGGGGCGAUUCUCUUUCUGGGGAUCGUCUAGGUUGCUUUAACUUAUCCAUGCGUGGCCAUGCUAACUGUGUCAAUUAUGUUAAGUCCUUCGGGAUUCCCAUGUUAGUUGUGGGAGGUGGUGGCUACACCAUGAGAAAUGUUGCCCGUACAUGGGCGUUUGAAACUGGUCUGCUAAACAACGUCAUACUCGACCAAGAGCUUCCUUACAACGACUACUAUGAAUAUUACGGCCCAGACUAUGAACUGGAUGUAAGACCAUCAAACAUGUUCAACGUUAACACACCAGAGUACCUAGACAAGAUCUUGACAGGAAUUUUUAGUAACCUCGAAAAUACUAAGCAUGCUCCUAGUGUCCAAAUUAAUAAUGUGCCGAGAGACUUAGAGGAUCACGGAGACGUGGAGGAAGACACAGCAGAUGCCAAGGAUACGAGAGGUGGCUCGCAGUAUGCUAGAGAUCAGCUGAUCGAGAAAGAUAAUGAGUAUUAG